AAUUCUGUCUUUAAUUAAUCAAUGAGAGUUGACUAGGCAAAUAAAAAGAAUAGUAUGUGUGGCUAAGUCAGCCCACGUCUUCUUUGAAUUUGUGUUUGUGCCUUUUCUCUACUUUACUCGUUUACUUCAUCUAAAUCUUCUCUUGAUCAAACUUUUAAUCUCUCUUUCAAGUCCUAUCAGAGCAUUGACUUGGGACGCAAGAAGGCAAUUAUUCCAUCUAAUCAUCAUUUUGUUUUCUACGAAUCUAUGGAGAGAGAGAGCUUUGAUGUAACGGACUAUGAGUGGGACACAGAGAAGAGCAGCGACCUAGGUUCAGUGAUCGGAUCAUCGCCGCUGAUGUCAAACCUUGGAAAGAAAGUUAAGGAUAACCGGAUACGUCUCAUGAAGAAGCGGCUAGCCUCUGUUUCUAACCGCUUAACAUCGAUCUCUGGAGAGAGAGAGCCAGCUGCUCGAUCGUACCAGCGGGAGUCAACGGCCUUGACCGGGCUCAGGUUGAUCAGUAAAUUUAACGGUGCUGCUGGGUGGACCGCCGUGGAGAAGCGGUUUAAUGAGAUUACGGGCACCAGUGGUGGAAUGCUGCCAAGGUCAAAAUUUGGAGAAUGCAUAGGGAUGGAUUCAAUAGACUUUGCCUUGGAACUGUACGACGCAUUAGCUAGAAGAAGGCAUAUAUCAACAGAUGUAAUCGAUGGAGACCAGUUAAAGGAGUUCUGGGACCAAAUAAGUUCUCAAAGCUUUGAUUCCAGGCUUCAAAUGUUCUUUGACAUGAUUGAUAAAGACGCCAAUGGUAGAUUAACUGAAGACCAAGUCAGACAGAUCAUCAAUUUUAGUUCAUCCACCAACAACUUGCCGGACAUCCAGAAAAAGACAGAUGAAUAUGCUGCAAUGAUAAUGGAAGAGCUUGACCCCGAUGAUAUCGGAUACAUCAUGACAGAGAGUCUUGAGACCUUGCUUUUGCAAGCGGAAACACAGCAUAUGCGCAGAGAUAGUGAAGACAGCAAGAGGCUAAGUCACAUGCUAAGUAUUAAGCUUAAGACUACUUGUGACCCUAAACCGUUGAAGAGAUGGUGCAGUGGACUGAGACACUUCGUAUCAGAUAGCUUGCAAACGAUGUCGAUGUACUUGGCAGUACCAGUAGCUUUCCCUGCAUGCGAGAUAUUAAUACGACCAUUCAGAUCCAGUAUCAGCAGGGUAACAAUUUUGAAAGUUGCUGUUCAUCCUGAAAACGUGUUGAGUUUGUACAUGUCAAGGCCGAGAAGCUUCAAAUACAAAAGCGGUCAAUACAUGUUUCUAAACUGCCCAACAAUCUCAACAUUUGAGUGGCAUCCAUUUUCAAUAACUUCUGCGCCUCAAGACGAUUAUCUGAGCGUUCAUAUAAAAGUAAUGGGAGAUUGGACAAGUGCUCUCAAAGAAGUUUUCUGUGAGGUGUGUAUGCCACCGCCGGUGUAUCAUGUUAAUAUUGACAUGGCAGGGAACCAACCAAUUUUUCCCAAAAUCAUGAUUGAUGGUCCAUACAAUGCACAGGCACAAGACUACAAGAAAUAUAAGGUGGUUUUACUGGUUGGACUUGGGAUUGGGGCCAGCCCAAUGAUCAGCGUUAUCAAGGACAUCAUCAAAAAUACAGAGGCCAGGGAGCAUUCCCAACUCAACCCAAUAAAGACUCGAAAGGCUUACUUCUAUUGGCUAACAAAGGAGCAAGGCUCAUACAGUUGGUUUAAUAACAUCAUGAACGAGGUAGCAGAACGAGACACAAAUGGAGUCGUAGAAGUAAAUAACUAUUGCACUAGCGUCUACGAAGAAAGAGAUAUUCGUUCUGCGUUCAUACAAAUGCUUCAGACUCUGAACUAUUCCAAAAAUGGUGUGGACAUUAUCUCUGAGACAAGGGUCAUGACUCACUUCUCCAAACCUAACUGGAAAAACGUCUACAAACAAAUAGCCAUGGAUCACAAUGACUCUCAUGUUGGAGUGUUUUAUUGUGGAGAACUCGCAUUGGCAGAGGAGUUGAGGAACCUAGCUUUGGAGUUCACACACAAGACAGCAACAAGAUUCUCCUUCCACAAAGAGAACUUCUACCCACAGUGCUGA